AAAAAUAGAUACUUAAGUGUGGUUUCAGCUGCCAGAGACUACAGUCGUGUCUGUGUGAGUUGCAUUUCCGUGAGUGUCUGUCAUCUGUUUUUGACAAAGCUUUAUUGGCUGAAAGCUUAUUUUGUGACGAUCUUUUUGUUGUGCCUAUUUGCAACUCAGGCAUCUCCUCUAUAUGGUGAAUAGCAACUACCCUUUCCAUAAUAGUGUUACAUUCCAUCCUGACACACACACACACACACACACACACACACACACACACACACACACACAUACAUACUCCAUCUAAACAGAUCUGGAAGGCCUAAUGGUACCAACCAACUGGUGUGUCUUCCACAGCUGAUAGAUGUCACUAGAUGUGGAUAUGGAGGGGCAUGUGGUCACCACACCACACUCCUGACUAUUGUCAAUUUUGUGACUGGAGCUGCUACUUCUCAAUCAAGUAGCUCAUCAGUUGACCUCACAAGGGCUGAGAGCACCCCACUUGCCAACAGUGCUCAGCAGAUGUGGAUGGUCAUCAACCCAAGUGCUAACCAAGCCCAACAGCACUUAAAUUUAAUGAUCUGAUGGGAACCAGUGUUAACACAGGAAGCAAGGCUGUUUGCAUGAACUUUGUUCUGUGUGUUAUUGUAUUUUAACUGCUUUUGUAUUGUAUUUUCUGAGGCAGAGAUUGGGGACCAGCCCCACAUUUACCUUUAAAAAAGGGAACAAUACCUAAAAAUCAUAAUCAGGCUGGCAAGUGGACAGAAUCAGUACUCGUUAACUUGCUGCACAGAUCCAAUUUAUUUUAUUUGAGAUACAUAUUCCAUAGAUCCAGUAUGGCGUGAUUACGCAUGGAUGUGGAACGAGUCAAAGCAGAAGAAUUCAGAAGUGUGAAAGCCAUGAGUGAGAGGAGAGGUUAAUAUACCUAACCGUUUAAAAAGACUGCGACAUGAGGUUCUUGGAGGAACACUACAUAUAAUUCGGACUCCUUUUUUCUGGCUUACAAAAAAUUUUUUUGAAAGUGAUUACAUAUUGGGCUGCUUUUCCUAAAAGUUUUCUGUGAUCGACGCAGUCGAAAGCCUUAGUCAGGUCACAGAAUAUGUCAACGGCAGCUUGAGCCCUCCUUCAGAUUCAAAUCACAAUUUUAAGAAUUUGGAUAUACCAUCAGGGUGAUGUCAGAAAUAAUGCCAGAGACUAAUUAUCAAAGCAAUGAAGAACAAUCUGCUGAAGAAGAAGCCCCAAUAAAAGUAGAAGAAUUUUUACUAGUGGAAGAUAUUGCAUAUGUGAAAAUGGAAGAUCCAUGCAUACUGGCUUUCUGGCGCCAGACUGCAGAAGCCAUGGAGAACACAAAGACAGACAGUGAAGAUCUGGAACUAAAUUCUGGGCCAGAUGAAUGGGACAUGCACUGGAAAGAUUAUAGGAACUGUAGAAAAGGAGAACAACUGCAAAACAAUCUUCAUGGCAGGACUGGAGAGCUGGAUAUACGUCCAUGCUAUACAUGGCAAAUAACUAAGUGGCUUGUCUCUGAAAAACCAGUUGACGGUUGUCAGGCAGAUAGUGCAGACAAUGCUUCAAGCCCAGAAUCAGCCAUAAGUAAGUGGUAUGGAUGGAGUAAAGACGAACAAAGUCACUGGCCAAGAGAAAUUACUGAUUCUAUCAAAUUUCUUGAAAACAGAGUACCAGAUACACAUUGUCACCAUUGUUCUGAAGACUUCUCUGAAAAGGAUGAUUUGUUAAGGCAUAUAAAUGAGGAGCACCUAGAAGAAGAUGUUGGCUAUUUUCAAUGCAGCAAAUGCUUUACUUCAUUUGAUAGUAAGAAUAAUAUAAUAAAUCAUCUGCAGAAUAUAAACAACAUGUGUAGACUCUGUUCAGAAUACUUUUGUAGUGCUUCAGAUCUUCAGAUACACUAUCAAGAUCAUGAGAGAAUGUACAGGUAUACUUGUGAUCAUUGUAAAAGUAGGUUCCAUAAUGAGGUUCAGUAUCAGCAACAUGCACUACUACACAAAGGAAAUAAGAUUGAUGAUAGUAGUCUUCAUAAAAGAAAACAUAAUAGGAGCUAUAAGAAAUCAACAAAAAAGCGACGAUCUAUAAAAAGACCAUAUGAGUGUGUCCUUUGUCCAAAGACAUAUGCUUAUAAGCAUUCUCUUGAAGUUCACAUACAGAAACACAACCAAGAAAAAAUACUCAAAUGUAAUUUUUGCCCAUCUACAUUUUACAGUAAACAUUCCUUCAUUGACCAUAUGAGUAUGACACAUCCUGCUAGGAACUCCUCUUUAACUGAAAAAUUCAGUAUUGUCUCAUCUUAUGGAGCUCAAAGUAAAAAGGAUUUAGGUAGUGAUGUAUCUACCUGAGGUAACUCCAAUUGUGUAACAAAACUAGUAUAUUUUCACCACUACCAUCAGUGUACAUGAACUCAGAUGUAUGUAUACACACAUACAUAUGCAUGGGAUUAUUGUAGGCCUUAGUCUGUAAAUAAUACCUACAAAAAAGUGUACAGUCAGUAUAUGUGAGCAACAUAUAACAUUCGUUUUAGUUAAUGACAUUCUUUAAAGAAGAUGUGAAAAUUGAUAUUACCUGAUAAAAUGCAAAGAAACAUUCUGUAAAUUGUGUGAAAAUUUCAGCUUUUCAAAUAUUUCCUGUUGUAAUAAAAGGAAGAAGGAUUUUGUCUUUGAAAUAUCUUACAUAAGUCAAAACUUGUAAUACACAAAAGAGCUACUUUAUGACAUCUGUUUUUCAUUCUGCAAAAAUAAACACUUAAUGUGCGUAAGAACACUCUCAGUUCCUUUGACCCAGGCUGUUCCAGCUGGCAUUGUUGGAGCAGUCUACUUUAACCCUUUCAUUGUCAUAUUGCAAUGAUAUGUCCAAAAUUAUCAUAAUUUUUUGUAGUUUAUAGAUUUUUUGUAGUUUAUAGAUUUGUGUUACAGUAUUGUUUGUAGAUCUAAUCAGCUGCCAAAAAGAGAUGCAAAAUAUUAUCUUAAGUUAAACUGGAUAUAAAUUUUAUGGUAUUACAAUUAACACAGAGCAUAGUGUAAAAUAGUUAGGCUCUUUAUAAUCUAUACAAUAAUAUUGGCUGUGUCAAUGUAUUUUCCUUUGAUUUGCAUUACAAUGAUUUAUGCAUAUUGCUUUUUUUUGGUUGUAACUUCCUUUUUAUUGGUAGUGUGAAAUAUCAGACUUUGUACUCCGUAUAAGUGAAGAGGUUCUGGUGCUUUUCCUGGACAUCUCGAUUUUGGAGAACAUAAACUACUGUGUUGGGCCAAUGGCCUUGCUGCAGUGGUAACACCGGUUCCAGUCAGAUCACCGAAGUUAAGUGCUGUUGGGCUGGGCUGGCACUUGGAUGGGUGACCAUUCGGUCUGCCGAGCGCUGUUGGUAAGCGGGGUGCACUCAACCCUUGUGAGGCCCACUGAGAAACUACUUGAUUGAAAAGUAGUGGCUCCGGUUUCGAAAACUGACAUACGGCUGGAGGAGCAGUGUGCUGACCACAUGCCCCUCUGUAUCCGCAUCCAGUGAUGUCUAUGAGCUGAGGAUGACACGGCGGCUGCUCAGUACCGUUGGGACUUCAUGGAGGAGUUUAGUUUUAAACUACUGUGUUACGCUGGGAUGGUUGCUUCUGUUAGUGUCCAUCUAUAUUGCAAGGGUUUCCUUUACUAUUGUAUUAACAAUAGAGGAUACAUGAAUUCCAAACAGUGCCAUUAAAAGAGAGAGAGAAGAACAAGAAGAAGAAGAAGAAGAAGAAGAAAGAAACAAAGUAUCAUUCGUAACCCCUUUUGCUGACUGGUGGUUAAUAUGACAGGUGUUUGUCUAUAUGCUUACUCCACCCAUAAUAAAGACAUCAAAAACUUCUUGUAGUUUCAUAUUCAUGUCCUUCAGAGCCAAUAUUCUGACUUGCAGGAAAGCCAGAAUAUCUCCUGUACUUAUAUUCUUGCUCCGUUUUCCUAGUGGCAUGUCUUCCUUGUUCAACUUUGUAGUACCAUAUAAGUCUUCUAUCAAUUACUAAACUGUCUGUUUGUAAGGAUCUAUAAAAGUUGUCAGACAGUGCCCCUUGUUAAAAAAAAAAAAAAAAAGGAUUGAUCAGUGUCAUUAAUAUGUGGGAAGAUGUAAGAAGAUAUAUGUACAUUUCAUCAAAGCCGGCCGGAGUGGACGAGCGGUUCUAGGCGCUACAGUCUGUAACUGCACGACUGCUACGGUCGCAGGUUCGAAUCCUGCCUUGGGCAUGGCUGUGUGUGACGUCCUUCGGUUAGUUAGGUUUAAGUAGUUCUAAGUUCUAGGGGACUGAUGACCUCAGAAGUUAAGUCCCAUAGUGCUCAGAGCCAUUUUUUCAUGAAACUUUGUGUCAUUCUCAGUAUAGGUUAUGGCAGAUAUUACUAAUAAACUUUUGUAUUAUGUAACAUAAAACUCUUUUUGGUGGCAUACACACUUGCAAAAUUUAACAAUGGAAACUCCAGGUAGGAUUAUCAAUAAUAUAGGAAAAGGUAAAUUGCUACUUACUGUAAAAAUGACAUGCUAGGUUGCAGACAGACACAAUUAAAAAGCAGUUACAAUAAGCUUUUCGCCACAGCCUUUGUCAGAAAGAAAGAAACACAACCAUUCAUUCAGACAAGCAAGCACAUUUCACUCACACGACUGCUGACUCAGGAGCUGCCAGUGUUGACAUUGGUGUGCUUGCUUGUUUGAAUGAAGGGUGUGUGUUUCUCUCUUUCUAAUGAAGGCUGUGGCCAGGAGCUGAUGUGUAAGUGUUUUUUAACUGUGCCUGUCUGUAAUGUAAUAUGUUGCCUUCACGGUAAGUAGCAAUCUAUCUUUUCUUACACUGUCAAUGUACCACAGUCGCAGAAAUUCAACUACUGUAAUCUUUCUCUCGGGAGUCUGCAACUGCUUGCCCUUGUUUUUGUGAAGAUGCACCUGAAAAUUAUUUGAUUAUAUUGCAGUUCAGGUAACUUUACAGUGCCUUGUAAAUUUCUUGACUUGUAGCUGCCACUAUUCUGAAGUGAACUGAACUGCAUUAUCCUUUUAUCCCUUCAAAUAAGUUACAAACAAAUUUAUUAUCCUGGAAGAGAGGACAAUGUGUGAUGCCUUCAGUGACUACUGUAGUUAGUGUUACAUGUUCUGUAGAUCUCUUGAGUGAUUCUUUUAUUGAAAUUGUGUGGAAUGAGUCAUUUUAUAAAUAUUCAUGCAUGGAAUGAAAGGAGUAUAUCCUGAGAAAUGAAUUUAUGUUAGAUUUAAAACUUGCUUUGCUACCUGUCAGACAUUUUAUAUUAUUGGUCAAAUGAUCAAAAACUUUUGUUGGUGAAUAGUGAACACAUUUUUGAACCACUUCUAGCUAUAAUAAUGUGUAAUAAAGGUCACUAUUCUUCUCAAA